UUUGGUAUUGAUUUAGAAUUGUACACAGUUUUUAAAAAUAUAUAAAAUGAUAUAAUAUAAAAUGGAAGAAGAUAAUUCAAAUGAUUCAAGUGAAAGUAAUGAUGAAAUUACUGAGCCUGGAUCUGAUUUAGCCAGCAUACUAUCAUUUUUAUUGCAAAGUGGACAAGUCACAUUAAUGCGAGAUGGUUAUUCUGGUGGAUAUUCUGUUAGUUUAAGAAAUUCUGAUGGCAACACCAGCAAUGAUAAUGAAGAUUCUGUAGAGAGAAGAGGGAAUAAAUCUCCUUUGCCAAAUGAAUGUCUCCCUGACACAAGUGUUAUUGAUAACAGCACAUUCAAAGAAAUUGUUUCAAACGACUCUGGUGUGUAUAAUGAAAGUCCACAAAAUAUUUUGCAAAGAGUUUUUCAGAGAGAGAGUGGUUGUUUGAAGAAAAGAAGUCAUUUUUUGUUAUCUGAUCAAGCAGUUUGUUCUAAAAGUUACCUUCCAAAUGUCUGUAAAGUUGUUGCAAAUUACAGAUCAAAAGCAUUUUGUGGUUUAUAUUCUUCAGAUGGGAAUGUUUUUAUGUCAGCUUGCCAAGAUCAACAUAUACGUUUGUAUGAUACUACAAAUGGAAAGUUCAAAAUGUUUCAUGAUAUAAUAGCAAAAGAUGUAGGAUGGAGUAUUGUUGAUGCUUCUUACAGUCCUGAUCAGAACUAUAUUAUUUAUUCUAGUUGGUCUGAGUAUGUUCACCUAUGUAAUGUUUACGGAGAUUAUGAGACUCAUCUGGCUCUUGAUUUAAAACCUCAAGAAAGUAGGUUUUGUGCUUUUUCUGUUUGCUUUUCUCAAGACAGCAAAGAAAUUUUGGCUGGUGGCAGCGAUCGAUGUUUUUAUAUAUAUGACAUAAGUAGUGAAAAGAGAACAACAAGAGUACUAGCUCAUGAUGAUGAUGUAAAUGCGGUGCGGUUUUCAAAUAACUCUUCAUCUAUUCUAAUAUCAGGUGGAGAUGAUGGGAUUUGUAAAGUAUGGGAUAGACGCACAAUGACUAAGGAAUCUCCUAAGCCUGUAGGUUGUUUUGCAGGUCAUACAGAUGGCAUCACAUAUGUUUGUGAAAAGGGAGACGGUCAACAUUUUAUCACAAACUCAAAAGAUCAGAGCAUUAAAUUAUGGGAUAGUCGACGAUUUUCAUCAGAAAAUACAAUAAAGGAGUUUCGUCGGUUAGUAGCUAAUCAAAGCUGGGACUAUCGCUGGGAAAAAGCUCCAAGAAGAUCGCUUCGACAUAAAGGUUCUCUUACAAACGAUGCUGUUAUGACUUAUCAAGGACAUUCAGUACUUCAUACUUUAUUACGUGCUAAGUUUUCACCAGAGUUUACUACUGGGCAGAGAUACAUUUAUACCGGCUGCGCCACAGGAAGUGUAUUCAUCUACGAUGUGCUGACAGGUAAAGUGGUUACAAAACUACAAGGUACUCAUCGUCAAUGUGUACGCGAUGUUUCUUGGCAUCCUUAUGAGUGCAAUAUUAUGUCGACAUCGUGGGAUUUUACCAUUGGAAAAUGGGAGUACUCAUCGAAGCCUUUUGAAGAGUGCAAAAUUAAAAAAAAAUGUAUCUAAGGCACCAACAUACCAAAGAACAUCUAAAACUUCUGUUAUUUUAAAAGCUAUCUUCUGACUUCUUUUGUAAUUAAUGAUGUAUAAUUUUUUGCUUUUCUUGAAAAAGAAUUUAUUUAAUAUUUUUCAAUAUAUAGUUAUUUUAAA